AUGAAUACUGAAAAUCUUACUGAAAGAGUAGUGGAAAAAGUAGAAUUAGCUGCUGAUGUCGGUACAAAAGUUGCCAAUAUGGUUGGCAAUGCAUUUGAAUCAACUAUUGCAGAUUCGGAUCCUUCAUCAGGUGCCGAAGAAGAAACCAUAUUAAAUUAUUUUAUGUCAUUUGGUAUACAUAUUUUAAUGGUUAUCAUUGUUAUUCUUCUCAAAUGGCAAUAUGAUCGCAAUCGAUAUCGUUAUCCAAAAGGACCACGUGAUUGGAGAGAUAUUAAGGAUGCAAUAUCAUUUCAUCGAAAAAAACGUGAAAAUUUACUUAAUCUAGCAACUGAUUAUCCAGAUAUAUGUACAGUCCUGACUCAUUCUGGUCGUUUAGUUUUAUUGAAUGAUCCUACACUUAUUAAUGAAAUCUUCGUUGGACGUGCUGAUUUAGUUAGUAAUAAAGUUGAUGGCUUUCUAGAAAAUCAACUACGAUAUAAAGAAGGAAAACAUAUUCGUACAGGUAUUGUAUUUCGUCAUCAAGAUCAUAAUGUUCGAAUAAUUCAUAAAGCACUUGUAAAUCAUAUUGAUAAUAAUCUUGUUGGCAAACGUCUUGAUUUAGCUGUUCAAGAACAAUUAAAAAAUAUGCGCCUUUCGGAAAAUUUUGAUGUUCGUCGUACAACAUUUUAUUUUGCUACUCGUUUACUUACAUCACUUUCAUGUUCAUCAACACCUAUUUCAGCGGAUGAUAAAACAUUUGAAUUAUUUGAACAAAAUCUAUAUAAAAUAUCGAAAGCUAUUCAUGCAGAUACAUUUCAAAAAUCUGCUAAAGCUAUGCUUUCACAAUUAACUGGUAUGUCGGAAACAUUAGAUAUUAAUGACAAUGUCUUAGAUUAUAUUACAACUUGGAUCAAACAACGACGAGGAGGUGAAUCAAAACGUAGUGAUAAUGUUAAUGAUGAACAAGUUGUAACAUCAACAACAAAAAUUAAUAAUGAUUUUCUUGAUUCAAUUUUGGAUGUUAUCGAUGAAUCAUCACCAAAUUUGGAUGAAGAUGAUAUUGCUGCUUGUGUACUUGAUAUUAUUAUGCAUGGAAGUGAAAUGCUUAAAGGUGCUUUAUCAUGGUUAUUACUCUAUGUUGUGAAAUAUCCUGAAGAAGCUGAUACAUGUCGACGAGAAGUUCGAGAUAAUGGUUAUACAAAAUUUAAUCUCUCAUCAGCCGAAUCUCUCGUUCAUACACAAGCAUUUGUUAAAGAAGCUUUACGUCUCUCGCCUGUUGUCCCUAUUAUUAUUCAUUCAACAUUACAAGAUUUUAAAUGGCGUAAAUUUCACAUUCAAAAACGUACACAAUUUGGUGCCAAUAUUAUUGCUUUACAUCAUUCAGCUGCAUGGAAAGAAUCAGAAAAAUUUGAUGUUACUCGUUGGAUUGGUGAUAAUUUAUCAACAAUUCCAGCACAUUCUUAUUCACCAUUUGGUUUUGGUCCACGUGUAUGUGUUGCCGAAAAACAUAUAUUUAAUUUAUUAACUGGUAUUCUUGGUGUACUUUUAUAUCAUAAUGAUUUUGAAAAAACUGGUCCAUUACCUGAACCAAAUGAAGGUACAUUCGGUUUAGCCAAUUUGCCACCAAAAUUUUCGCUUAAAGCGACACAACUUAGUUCACGUUCAUAG